AUGUCUAUAAGGGUAACCCCGGUUAUAUUUCUACUUGAUGUUGGGGCGGGACUUGGGCUGCUUUCACUGUUUGUUGGGUUUUCAGCCCACCAGCGACUUCAAGAAAAGUCGCACAGAUUGGUAUCUAAGGCAGAUAAGAGCGGUAUCUACUUGGCCGUGAUCACCACUUCCCUUUUUCUUCUCUGGAGUAGUGGAGCGGUCUUAGGUGCUUACUUUGGAAUGUACGAGAUUUUUCAAGCUGAUUUGCCACCGGCCUAUCUAAACCUACUCAAAAUUGAAGCCUUGGUUGAUAUCUUCCAAAAGAUGCUUGGAUUCUUCAUUCUGGCUUUAGCGGGUUUUCAGAAUGCUUAUGUAGGAGAUAAGCAUGUUUUGGUGCCUUGGGGGAAGACUUGUGCCUCUUUAGGCUGUAUUCAGGCCUUCCUCUUUAUUCUUAUGCUGGUGAGCUUCAAAGGUGUUUACGGAUGGAUGCUUUUGUAUGUGCUCAGUGCAGUGGUUGAUGGAGUCAUUGUUUUGUUUGCUGCUCUAUCAUGUACACUGCUGCUACAUGAUAAACAAACGGCAGGCAUUGCAGGAUACCUACCAGCUAAGAUCUGCAAGUGGAACAUAUCAGUUUGCUUGUUGAUUGGACUGGCAGCACUUUUAGAUGGGAUAGCGAAAGCUUGUUUGGUGGCUCUGGAGUUGUAUGGCCGAAAUAGUGCCUCUCUUUUGAUUGAUAUGUGCGGAAUGCUCAGAUGUGCGGCUACAUCACUUUUUGUAUUCACUGCCUAUUUUGGACGAAUACCAAAAUCUAAGGCCUACAGCACUACAGCUAGCAAUUAG